AUGGGCACUCAGGGCAGCCGGUUACAGGCCUCGUCCCAGGAUCCUGAGGAAGCAGUUGAGACUGCAUGUGCCAGUGGCAAGCAUGGAUGUGAAUACAGAAAGAGGAAACGGACUGCACAGUGCGACUGCGAGAGUGAGCCUGAUGAGGAAGAUGCCUUACUGGACACACCAUGGAGGUGAGAAGAGUCACACACACGUCACACUGGAAAUACACACAAUUUCAUAAACCCACACACACACACACAGUGGGCCAGAGUAAGAGACAAACACACUUACAGAACAGGUGAGGUAUUUGCACAUCUUUCAUAUGGCCAGCCUGUUUCUAACCUUGGCCUGCGUUGUUCUGGUUUGUUUUGAAACUGUAACAGGAAGAAGCUGAAGAGCACCUCUAAGUACAUCUAUCAGACAUUGUUCCUGAACGGGGAGAACAGUGACAUCCGCAUCUGUGCCCUGGGGCAGGAGUGGAACCUGCACAAAGUGUACCUGUGCCAGGUUAGUACACUGUUCUGUGUACACUACACACUUUAUUCUCUACAAAGCCAAUGCCUGUGACUCAUUCCUCUCUCUCUCUCUCUCUCUCUCUCUCUCUCUCUCUCUCUCUCUCUCUCUCUCUCUCGCUGUCUCUCUCUCGCUGUCUCUGUCUCUGUCUCUCCUCCUCUCCCGACAUGAUGUUCUUAUUUAUGUAGUCAGGGUAUUUCUCCAGCAUGUUCAGUGGCUCCUGGAAGGAGUCUAACAUGAUGGUCAUACCGUUAGAGAUCCCAGACCAGAACAUCGACACAGAGGGUGAGGACUUCAGUCACUGCCAGGAAUAAAACACUACAAAUUGCUUUGUUUAUGUCACUGAACUCCUUUUUUGCAGUUACUAUACGCAUUUAUCUUGAUUUUCUCUGUGUGUGUGUGUGUGUGUUUAGCUCUGCAGGUAGUGUUUGGAUCGCUGUACCGGGAUGAUGUUCUGAUCAAGCCCAGCAGGGUCGUCAGUAUCCUAGCAGGAGCUUGUAUGCUCCAACUGGUCAGUAGAUUAUCAUCAUAUCACACUACAGUAUCUUUACAUAGAAUACAUGGAAUGUAACAGUAUAUAAUGUUGAGAUGAUAGUGAUAUGUGUGAGUUGGAAGUUGAACUUGCUGGAAUGUAAUUUACUGAAUGAGAAUAGAUUAUCAAAGGCGAUAAAAUGCCAUGCCUUGUGCAUCUUUGCAGGAUGGUCUGAUCCAGCAGUGUGGUGAGACCAUGAAGGAGAAUGUCAGUGUCAAGACUGUGUGUGGCUACUACUCCUCUGCCAGCAUCUAUGGCCUGGACUCUGUCAUGAAGAAGUAAGCCCCAUCAUUACACUCAUAUUGAAUAAAAUUAGAUAAUCGAAAAUACAUAGUUAAUCAUAUUCUUAUCACUCUACAUGCGUAUGCUUGUGUGUCUCCUGCAGGUGUCUGGAAUGGCUCCACAAUAACCUCAUGACCCAUCAGAAUGUUGACCUCAUGAAGGAGCUGGGGUGUGUAUCUUCAAUGUUUUCCUAUUUUUCCCUAGGACUUAUACUUGUAAUAGUCUAAGUGUUGUGUGGUCAGUGAGCAGUGUUGUUUCUGUGCUGUAUCUGCAGAGUGGACGUGAUAGAACAGCUGAUCCAGUCGUCUGACCUGUUUGUCAUGCAGGUGGAGAUGGACGUCUACACCGCUCUGAAAAAGGUACUACUGUAGCCUUAGGGACUGUUUCUAAAGGCUAAGGCUGUUUCUGUAAGGAAGACUGUUGAUUUAUCUCCCCCAUCCCUUCUCUCUCAUUCAUACCCUCUCUUUGUAACUCUCUCUCCUCAGUGGAUGUUCCUGCAGCUCAAUCCAUCCUGGGACGGUCCCAUCAAGCAGCUGCUGGCUGAUGCCGACGCCUGGCUUUGCAAACGCAGGACUGGUACGUUCUGUUCCACAGGGCAUGUCCACAGCUAGCUACACACCUAUCUGAACACAGGGCUGUAGAAUAUACACACAGACACUGACUGACCAGUAUUUUCUAAUGGCCCUUAUGUUGCAGAGUUGGGAGAGGAGGAGCCCUUCUUAAAAGCAGAGGACGGCGCCCCCUUUACUCCUGUCUUCAGCCAUGUGCGCCUACAAUACAUCAUCAAUGACUUGGCUUCCGCACGCAUCCUGGAGAGAGACAACAUUCUCCCACCAGGUAAGGGUGAUGAUUUGGAUAAUGAUUUAUGUAUCACAUUCACUCAGGACAGUUUUAGUAGUCAUUUUUAUUUCCUCUGUAAAACUCCUCAUACCAGAUUGGCUGACCUCCGUGUACAAGAGCCAGUGGUUUGCCAUGCUACGGACGGAACACGACAAUGACAAUGGGUGAGAACUGGAGCUCCAAACCAGCAACAUCACUCCAUAACAACAUUAAUUCCAUUCUGUGAUAUUCAGUGACUGAAAAUAUAUUUCUGUUUGUAUAGUAAGGCAUGUGUGUUGUGUGUCUGUAGCCCACAGGAUGCCAAUAAGGAGGAGUUUGAGUCAAGUAGUAUGCGAUGUGGCAGGAAACUGACCAAAGAUGGCGAUGUGAGUCAGACCAUUAGUCUCUGUGUAAUAAGGACAUCAUUUUCAUCAUUUAUUCAGAAUAAUCACGCUAUAAGAACUUCAAACAAAACAUCAAAUAAAAUAUAAUGUUUUAACUUUUUAUUCUCUCAGUACUGUUGGCGUUGGACAGGCUUCAACUUUGGCUUUGACCUGCUGGUGACCUACACCAAUCGCUUUAUAGUGUUCAAGAGGAAUACGCUGAGCCAACCAUGUGGGGGAGCUGUGAGUCUGCAGCCUCAGAGACAUCUAGCAUACAGGUUAGUGUUCCAUGCUGCAGACAGGACCUAGGCUGUAGUCAGCACAACACACAAAGGACAGAUUUCAAAUGUUGGCAUUGCAUUGUGUGUGGAGUAGUAAUGGUAUAAUUAUGUUCUGUGUAACUGCCAUUUGAUUUACCUGUGUUCUACCAGGCCUGACUAGCCUCUCACCUCUCACUCAAUGUUUGUCCCUCUCUCUGUUCAGGUUACGCCUGGCCUCCUUUGAUAACAGUGGUAAGCUGGUGUGUAGUCGAUCCACUGGUUACCAGCUACUCACCCUGGAGAAAGACCAGGUCAGUCCAAGCCCCCAGUGUCCGGUCUGGAGCGUGAAGUAACGUGCUCUGCUGGUCGGCUACUGCGUAGCAACCCAGCGCUGCCAAAAGCCCUGGUCUGCUCUAGAAAGCUUACUUGUAAAUUACGAUCGCCAGAACUGUCGUUUUGGGCUCUAAAAUUGGUUUAUUAUAAUCAACUGUGAAUUAUUUUAAAGUUUGCUACAAAUCAAGAUAUUUAAUUAAAUAGUGAUCCAUUUACUACUACAUUUGUCGUCACACAGGACCACGUGCUGACACAGACCAAUCACAGGCCGGCAGGCUACGAGGAGCCUCCAUAGACAUUAAGGUUGACUCUCAGGCAGGAUGACAACGACUACAUCGACCAUGAUCCUUUGCUAGUUACGGCCACUUUCACCAUGAUCCUUAGCGAUUUUUUGUGGGGUCCCAUUCAGCCCCAUUCAGCAAUAUGGCGCGCUUCAAAUUCAAAUACUUCCGGCUUUAUUACGCCAUCGGGAGUUGUCCAUAGGAAAACAUGGAUGACGUCAACACUAUCACUAUCUACUGGUUUUAAUGUCUAUGGGUCAGUCAGACCAUACAUAAUCCACAUGUUCUGAAACUUUCCUCCGCUCUUGAAAUGAACAUAUCACUAUAUAAGUAUUGCCUGAAUCGGACCAUAUAACUAUUGCUGUAACUUACAUUCUGUGCUCCCCCUAUUUGUCUUUCUUUCUUCCUACCAGGAGUAUGUGGUGAUGAACCUGGACAGUCGGCUCUUGUCCUUCCCUCUCUAUGUGUGCUGUAACUUCCAGUACACAUCUCCUCAUAUGGACCGCCGUCCUGAUGCCCCUGAACCAGAGAACAGCGCCCGCAGUGUAUCCUGA